AUGGAGACAACGGCUAAGAGAACCAGGAGUGAAAAGAUUCUGAACUGCUUGUAUCGAAAGCCUGAGGCAGUUUUUAAGCUGAUCUGCUUUCCCUGGGCGGGAGGCGGCUCCCUGCAUUUUGCAAAGUGGGGCCAAACGACCAGUGGCUUACUGGAAGUGCAUGCUGUAAGGCUUGCUGGAAGAGAAACCCGUGCUCAAGAGCCUUUCCCAAAUGACAUCUACCAGAUAGCUGAUGAAAUUGUAUCGGCUCUGCUGCCCAUCAUCCAGGAUAAAGCAUUUGCCUUUUUUGGCCACAGUUUGGGGUCCUACAUCGCUCUUCUGACGGCGCUGCGCCUAAAGGAGAAACACAACAUGGAACCGCUGCACUUCUUUGUGUCCAGCGCAUGUGCCCCCCACUCAGUAUCCCGGCCUCAAAUUCCUGAACUUAACAAAUUGUCAGAGGAAGAAGUCCAACAUUACCUUCUGAAUUUUGGAGGCACUCCCAAGCAUCUCAUUGAAGACCAUGACUUUAUGAGGCAAUGCACUCCCUUACUGAAGGCAGACAUGAGCAUUAUAAAAAACUUCAUCUUUGACACACCCUCGAAAGCUCCUCUUUCUCGGGACAUAACGUGCUUUGUUGGAUCUGAAGACAUAAUAAAGGAUCUAGAAGGCUGGAAGGACAUUACCAGUGGGAAGACUGACAUCCACAUGCUGCCCGGAGACCACUUCUAUCUGCUGGAACCUGACAACGAGAACUUUAUCAAGAACUAUAUAACCAGGUGUUUGGAGCUGGCAUCCCUCGACUGCUUUUAG